AGUAGGCCUACUGUCCAAAGCACGGGGCUCUAUAUAAAAAGGGGACUUAGUCAUCCCGUCAUUAAAACACUGAACGGGACACCUCAAAAAGACCACAGGGGGAUCGUUAUUGGAAUGGCGAAAUUGCAUAUUUUCCUUGGAUAUAUCGUAUUAAUAACGACACACAGUGUAAGCUGUGGAACUCCGUAUGCCAGUCGGAAUGUUCAAGAGUUGGAAAAUCUGAAGGUAAGACACCUUACUACAGUAAGAACCAGCUCAGAAACAUAAAAUAGAAAAUCAAGUAAAUUGAUGUUCUUAGAAUUAUUUAAUUUCUGUAGAUUUAUAACAACUUUUAACUGUUGACACAACACAUAUAUUCUAUGAGCAUCUAUAAGUUCUAUUGAAAUCACCUUUCAAAGUAAUGUGUUAUGACUAUGACAUUAAUACGUGCCAUUUGUUCACUUAUAGAACCUGAUCCAGCGGCUCGAGGACAAGCUGACCGUUAACGAGGAAAAUUACGCUUAUCCAUCGGAGUCUGAGGAGGUGGACACAGCCGAGAUGGAGGACAUUGAGAACUCGCCCGCGGUGAUCCGGGGGCAGGAGGAGAGAAUGAUCAUGAACGCACCCAACAGAAUUGCCCCCGAAAGCCCUGUGGUGUCACGCCUGAAAGAUCUCAUCGGUUUGACGAGGACGGCCAAAUCGUUCAACAGCUGUUUCGGUAACCGGAUUGAGAGAAUCGGCUCAUGGAGCGGACUGGGGUGCAAUAACGUCAAGACUGGUACAUAUUUUAUGGCAAUAACUUGAGUGGAAUGUCUUUAAAAACCUUACAAAUCUGCUCAAGAAUGUAGUAGGCUACGAUGUCACUUUGGCUGCAUUUAGACAGUCAGCCCUAAUCUUGUUUCCAGUAAUUGGUCUUUUGACCACUCACAUCAGAUCUUUUCACAUCAGAUCUUUUUCAGAGCUGAUCUGAUUCAAAUCAAAUUGCCAAUUAGUUAAAAAAAAAAGAUCAGAAUUGGGCUACCUGUCUAAACAUAGCCUUUGUGUGGAAAAAGUACAUAGGGCCUAAUUUUAUAUUAUUUUCAUUUGUAUUUGCAGGUAACAAGAAGAGAAUAUUUGGGAACUGAAGAACAAUGUAGGCUACCCAUUCAUGGACGUCACGAAACUGCGUCAUGUCUGACGUCUGUGGAAAUCUCCCUCCCAUUAUGGAGAAUGCAUUUUUUUCAUUCAAAUAAUGUAUUUAUUUGAUAAACUAACAUAUAUUAAAUCAUUUUGAUAUUAAAACAUACACAAUUCAAUCUCUUUAUUUCAGUGUUGGUUUGUUUCUAGACUUGGUCAGUGAGAAUUAGACAUAUGCAUAUUUGAUUUCUACUACGAAAAAGGAAUAUAUGAUUGCUAAUGGCACUCUCCAGAAAUAGCCAAUAUUACGUAUUUGUUAUGUUGGACGCCUGUACAGUAUUGUUCACUUAUGUGUAUAAAAUUGAUAUAUAUAUGUUUGAUGAUGUUGUGAGAUGGUAUCAUUUGUAAUAAACUAUUAGAUAUAGAACA